AUGUCUUUGCGCUUGGGCGUAGUUCUGCUUAGUGGCCGGCAAGCUUGGGUGGAGGUGUCGUCGGAUGCCUUGAUUGCACACGUGAGGCGCCAGGCAGAGAGGGGGCUUGACACCUGCUUGGAGCGGUUGGUCUCAGAGUCGGGCGUGGCGCUGCCGGAAUGGAACACAGUCCAGACGGCGGGACUAACGGAUGGGGAGAUGUUGGCAGCCCAGGUGAAGCAAAGGAGGCUCUGUCCUUUAUCCGAAGGGCUGGCCCUUGUGCGCGAAGAUGGGUCCGCGGCGAUAUGGGGCUAUCAGCUGUUGAAGGCUCCAGAAUUGCCACAUGGCGUCCGACGGAUAGCCGGUUCCGACAGGGCUUUGGCAGCCACCCUUGAUGAUGGAUCGCUCGUGACUUGGGGCGACGAGGACUCUGGAGGAGACAGCAGCGCUGUGCGAGAAAAGCUCCGCGAGGUGGUGUGGGUUGAACCUAACUAUGCCGCCUUUGCGGCCAUCCUGGCAGAUGGAUCUGUCGUAAGCUGGGGAAGGGCAGAUCAUGGCGGAGACAGCAGUGCCGUGCAAGAAGAGCUGCAUGACGUGCGACAGAUCAAAGGCUCCUUGCGUGCCUUUGCUGCUGUCCGCGCCGAUGGCUCCGUCGUAACCUGGGGCAGUCCUGCACAUGGCGGCGACAGUACCGUCGUGCAGAGUGAUCUCCAAGAUGUGAAAAGGCUCUAUGCAACGUUUACUGCCUUUGCGGCGCUGCUGGGAAACGGCACAGUGGUGGCCUGGGGCUCUUCCCUUGCCGAGCUUGCCUUGCAGUCGAAGCUCAGCAAUGUCCAGGAAGUGUCAGCAACAAGCGAGGCGUUUGCGGCGUUGUUGUGUGACGGAACAGUCUACACCUGGGGCGCGGCAGAGCUUGGAGGUGACAGCAGUAUGGUUCAGGCGCAGCUCAGGAAUGUUUGUAUGCUUACGGGAUCAGCAGGAGCCUUUGCAGCCGUCACUGGAGAUGGCUGCAUCGUCACCUGGGGAGAUGAAGACUGCGGGAGCGACAGCAGUGCUUUCCAAAACCAGGCGCUUAGCGUCCGAUCGUUGUGCGCCACGGCUGCAGCAUUUGCCGCCAUCCUGGAAGACGGCUCUGUGGUGACUUGGGGGAACUCGGAGCAUGGAGGCGACAGUCGGGAUGUGUGUGACCAGCUGUGCAACGUGCAGCAGGUCGAGGCAUCCUUCAGCUCCUUUGCGGCGCUUCGGGCAGAUGGCAGGGUUGUAACAUGGGGCCUCCCAACGUGUGGCGGCUCCGGCGCCACGCCUGCCGAGAUAUACAUUCGAAACGAGCCCGGUUCAUGA